AUGCGUCCAUCCCACCUCAAGAAAUGCCUCUGUUUCGUGGUCAUAAAGGCCCAACCCCAGAAUGUGUUGCCUGUUAUUAAUCCUGAUUUGCAGUUCACUUAUGUGUUGGCGGGUUGGGAGGGAUCAGCUAAUGACUUCACUGUUUUAAAAGAUGCACUAGCAAGACCACAACCUGAACGAUUAAAAUUGAUAGAAGGUAGGAGGCCGAGUACUAGUGAAUUAAAAUAUUACACGAACGAACAAUUGACAGGUGUCAUUAUUGUAGGGAAGUAUUAUCUUGUAGACGCCGGUUAUACUACUAUGCAAGGGUUCAUAGCACCGUAUCGAGGUGUUAGGUAUCACCUGAAAGAACACAGUGGAAGGGCGCCAACAAAUCCAAGGGAAUUGUUCAACCUUCGACACUCAAUGCUACGGUCUCAUGUAGAGCGUGCUUUCGCAAUCUUGAAAAAUCGUUUCAAGAUUCUUAUAUCACACCCUUUCUUCCCUUUUAGGACACAAGUUAAAUUAGUUCUUGCAUGCUGCAUAUUGCAUAACUAUAUAGCAGGUGUUGACCCAAACGAUAUGUUGAUGCAUGAAGAAAGCACACAAAAUGAUGAGCAAAUCAUGUCAACACAGCCCCGGUCACAGCGAGAACAACGGGAAGAGAAUCGGGCUUUGAUUGAACUUAGAGACAAGAUAGCAUACGACAUGUGGAUGACUUAUAGUGGUUUUCUUUGA